AUGUUCAACAGUUUUAAACCCGGGUAUUUUCGUUGCUUUUGCUCUCCUAAACCCUAACUUCCCCAUUUCCGAGCAACCCAAAAUGGAGCGAACUUCGAACCUUCUAGACGAAGCCAUGGCCGAAACGCCGAAUAACAGCGUCGUUUUGAUCGAAGACUGCGUUGAGACGAGCGGCGCUUUUGUACUCCAUCACCUAAUGAAGCGCUCUCUCUCUCCUCAAUCCUCGUCUCUCCUCAUUUUCGUUGCCUUUGCUCACCCUUUCUCUCACUACGACCGCAUUCUCCGUAAAUUGGGGUGCAACUUAGUUAUGCAGAAGGACAACAAAAGGUUAUUAUUCUUUGAUAUGCUGAUGCCACAGCGCUCAGAUGAAGUCGCAGGUAAAACUGGUCUGCAUGCUUUAUACCACAAGAUUCACAAAGCUGUUGAAAUGGCUUCAUUAUCAGAAAGCAACAAACAUAUCGUUAUCAUGAUUGAUGAUAUCUCUGUUAUGGAGAUAGCUGCUAAUGGCUGCACGGACGAUGUCUUAGACUUUCUGCAUUACUGCCACACAUUAACUACUCAAUUUGGCUGUUUACUUGUUGUUCUUACACAUGAAGAUAUAUAUUCAGUAGCAGAUAGAGCUACAAUUCUUUUGCAGAUGGAGUACCUCGGAGAUGUUUUGGUAAAGGCAGAACCCUUGCCCACUGGUUUGGCAACUGAUGUGCAUGGACAGCUGACAGUUCUGAACAAAAGCAACUGUAAUAGCUUGGGGAGCUCAAGGAACAAGAUGCAUAAUUUCCAAUUCCGACUGAAGGAGAGUUCUGCAGAAUACUUUUAUCCCGGCAGUUUAAGUUGAAGAUACUUUUAAUCAUCAAUAGAUCUGGAAACAAGUUCAAUAUCAAAGAUAACAGUAAUAGUUUGUUUUAUUUUGUACUAAUUUCAUACCGAAGACUUCUGAGAGGAAAGGAAAUGUUAUCGUAGUAGAUUGCUCGGUAUAAUUGGUUUUGUUUACUUGAAAUUGCAUGUUAUAAUCAUAGGGUCGCGCUCAAGAGUCAAGAACCUUAGAAUCAUUAAGGUUCUGAUGCAGAACCCUAAAUUUUAAAUAGAUUUUGAGGAUUUAAAUUUAAAUACAUAUUUUUGUAUCA